AUGAUCUCCAACCACUUCCAGUCCAAUAGGGUGCCGCGAGUGAUCUACCUGAGCCACGCCUUCCACACCAUGACUCAAGGCGAUCUCUCGAUCUCCGACUACGGUCAGGAGAUGAAGAAGGCCGCUGACGCCCUCCGCGAUGUCGGGCAACCUAUUCCGGAGGACACCCUGGUUCUCAAUCUCCUUCGAGGAUUGAACCCUCGCUUCCUCUCCUCCGUCGACUACAUCGCCGGCAUGAACCUCGACUUUGCCGGUGCCCUCAACCAACUCGCCAUCAAGGAACUUCGCCUCGCCAACACCAAUAAGGUCGCUGCGUCCACCGCCCUUAUCGCCUCCACCAACCCCUCCUAUGGCUCAUCUUGCCGCUCCUCCACCUCCUCGUCGGCGCCCCCGCAGCAGCCCAGCGGCCAGUAG